UUGGUACAACGCCGUCCACUACAUAUCAUACAGUUAGUAGAACAGCGUCCACUACAAAUACUACAGUUGGUCCAACACCGUCCACACCAGAUACUACAGUUAAUUCAACACCGUCCACACCAGGUACUACAAUUAGUCCAACACCGUCCACACCUGGUACUACAUUAGGUCUAACACCGUCCACUACAGAUCCUACAGUUGGUACAACAUCGUCCACACCAAAUACUACAGUUAGUCCAACACCGUCCAUAACUGGUACUACAGUUGGUUCAUUAGCGUCCACAACUGGUACUACAGUUAGAUCAUUGCCGUCCACGCCUGGUACUACAGUUAGUUCAACACCGUCCACACGUGGUACUGCUGUUAGUUCACUACCGUCCACACCUGGCACUACAGUCAGUUCAACACCGUCCACCCCAGGUACUACAGUUAAUUCAACGCCGUCCAUACCAGGUACAAGUAGUAUUGGUAUAUUUUUAUUUUUUAUGUCCAAUCUUUGAUUCGUUCCAGGCUAUCUUUGUAUCUUGCAGAAUCUAAGCUUUUUAUAGAAACUGCACGAUUUGCCAAAUUUUGCAGCCCCCAGUAAAGUUUCAUUCCAAGUAGCUGAAAUCAUCCAAUUAGAAUAACUGAAGCCAUAUUUUUACAAUACAGGUGUAUUUUAAAAAGUAUACAAUUUUAACAUACUCACUAGCUUAGGCUGAGAAUUCCGCAAGAUGUCUAAAAAUUGACGUGAAUAUUGAUAUGUUAGAUCUCUCUGAUUAUGAAAUGAAUCCAAAAUUUUACACCACAGUAAAAAAGGCUUUCGCAAAAAAAUGGAAGUUUAAAACAUAAUUUGAAUGCAGUGAUCGGAAGCUUGGAAAGCGUUUAAGAUCUAACAAAGUUUCAGACAAUUUUACGUGUGUUAAGUUCAUUACAGGACCUCUCAAUUAAAUGUGGUCUUUUUCGCUAUAGUAUAGCCGUUUGCGCGUAUUUUUAUUAACUUAAGCCCACCGCACACGACAGCAACUUGCUGAGCUAACUGCCACGCGUGGCAGCUAUCUCAGCAAGUUGCUCUCGUGUGCGGAGAGUUUUCGUGAGGAUUUGACCUCUCGAAGCCUUGAGGAAAAUAUCUAUCGUGUUUGAUAUUUUUCACAUCGCGAGGAAAAAAUCUCAGAACCUGCAGCGGAUAUUGUGAGCUGAGUUAGGUCAUUUCACGAGUCAAGCUCGAGCCAAAGUCAACCACGAGUCAAUUUUUUAUCUCAUACCUAGCGUAUUAGCGGCUUUCCUAUUGGCUAAGAGGAGGUGCGUUCAAUCUCGAACCCACCAUGUUUAGGAGGUGGGUUCGAGAUCGAUGUUUCGGCGGCGGCCAUUAUGAAGCGAUUUGAACAAAUUUCAGACGAAGAUUUAAGUAAGAAAUAAAUUAACUGUUUUUAAUUGUUUUAUAAUUAUUAUUUUUUUAUUUUGUUUGAUAAAAAUGGAAUAUUCUGUAUUCAAAGUGGAAGAGAAGAAAGAUGGCCGCCGAAAUUUGUUCGGCACGGGCAGGUUUAUAUAAAUCUUGGCAUUGCUUUCGCAGAAUGUGUUCAUUUUCUCUUUUCAAAAAUAGGGGAAUAUUGUAGAGAAAUUUUUUAACUUUAAUUUAAGCCUAAGUUUGUUUGUUUGCGUACUAUGUUUGCGGCUAAAAUGUUCGUUAUCCAAACACGAAAUUAUAUACAAAAAGGUAAAUGCGUAUAAAAUUCUUCCGUACUUUUUAGUAUUUUACCGAAAUGGCAUGUGAUAAAAACCAAACAUACUUGCAGGUUCGGUGAGUCUUGAAUUGGACGCACCUCGGAUGGUUCGGGAAACUUCCAGCCACCCUCGAUGCGUCCAAUCCCGACUCACCUCCCUGCAAGUAUGUUUGUUAUAGAGUCACGAGUCAAAUUAGAGUCAACCUAUAAACUUCGUUUUUGCGCUUUUUACGUUAUUUUAUUAAUUUGACAAUUUUUAUAGUUUAAUUUCCAAUUUUGAUGCAGGUAAGUAACAUUCUCACCGUCGCUUGUUGUUUGUUGUUCCACAAAUCUGACUCGGCCCAGUCGCUUAUCUCGCGUUGAAUGAUGGGAAUGCGAUGGUUUAUCCCCAUAUGCUUGGGCGUUUUUUAUGGCAAAGGCCAUGGAACCGCUAUAUAUUUGUGGGACUGUGGACGAGCCAGUGCACAGACAACGACUAUAUAUAUGGGAAUUCUGUUUGUCGGACGGAAAUCCGGUAAUUCCUAAUUUGCGAGCGGGUAAGCCGACAACUGUUUGUGUAGGCUUUGCAAAGCCUAUUUUUGAAUAUUUUUGAAAUACCAUGAUUUUAGACGUAAAGAAACGUAUUACUUACUCGAUUUUAACUAAGUUAAGUUACUUUAAACUUAAAAUAUCCGCCAUGUUGUGACGUCAUUGUUGCCUUAGCAACGGCAGUUAGGAGUUUUAUUAAAUUCCGAACUCCUUAAAUAGUUUUUUGUUAUACCAAUCAGAUACUCUCUGUUUUAAAACAAAUAAUAAUUUUCCAGAAAUUUAUAUUCAAAUCAGAAAAUCUUUAAUUUUUAAAACAGUGUAACAAGCUACCUUUAAUUAAGGCCCACAAAGACCGAACGCGAUUCGGCAACGCGACUUUUCAGUUUUUAAAAACAAAUAAAACUGUGAACGGUCAAAAAUUUUACAAGAUAUGCAGACCAAAUAGUUAAAAUUGCUUAAGUGGUUCCGAAUAUUUGAAAAACAUAGAAAAAUAUUGAAGUUAAAUGUCACUGAAAAUUGAAACUUGCAACUUAAGAAUUCAAGUUUUGUUUUAAACGUUCCAAUUUUGCACACAACCCAAUUUUAAUGCGUUUUUUUUUUCAAACUAGCGUUGCCGCCGUCGAUUAAUUUGUUAUAUUAGUUUUAAGCGUAUUAGUUUUAAGAAACGUGUUAUCCGGCUAUUAUGUAGUUAUACACACAUUUACUUGACCAAACAUUUUCAGAAAGAUAUUCGGGAUUAACAUGACCAUGACGUAAUGCACCUGAGAGUGUAAUUUGUGUGUGUGUGUUUGUGUGUGUGUUUGUCUGUCGCCUCUGUAACUAGAAUAGUGUUAGGAAUAGUUUAUUUUCUACGCGAGGUAGGGAAUCGUUUACAUCAAAUGUAGAUAACUAACAGUUCUUAAAUGUUCGUCUUCGUUGGGUAGUUUCCUGGGUUCACUUCAGCCUUCAACUGGUUUUCACGGUUCGUGAUCUGUUUCGUUAAUUUCUUCGUUUUGUCUUGUUUCGUUUGAGCUUCUUACAACUUUUCAUACAUAAUUUUUACUUCGUUGAGUCCACUGACGAAUUUGGGUUGUGCACACCCUUUUAUACUAACGGUUGAGGGAUCUUUGCACACGUGAUGUAGCAAGUGGUGUGAUUUGUAUCCAGCCAAUCAACGUUGAGUUUCAAAGUGUGGGUUGGCGUUGCUAGCUCGUUCCAGCUCUCACAUUCUGUUUAUUUAAGGCGUUGUCGCACUUGUCGAGUCGGUUCGCUGUUCAAUCGAUCAAUGUUAAAAUAUGUUCACAACUUAAAAUACUUAUCAAAAUAUCAUAGUAAAAACUUCAAACUAUACCUAUGUGAAUCUUACUUGACCUACUAACCUAAAUUUACUCGUAAUUUUAUUGAACUAGGUUUCUAUGACGUAAUAUAUAGAUUUCGUGACCGAGUGUUAUCUAGCUUGGGAUGACUCAUAUUUUACGCCUGAGUCUGUCCACGUGAAAAGGUCGAUGUUCAUGAGACCCAAGGCAGCUGUCCUGUUUAAACAGAUCUGCCCACAAGACAAACUAUAGGAAACAGGUCAAUCAAAACAUGAUAUUUUCACAUACACAACUGCAGCUAGUCUAACAAACUGUCGCAGCCUAAUGGAAACAAUAAUGAAUGUUUUCCGAAGAAUCGAAAUAUUUACGUUACUUUGAUUUGUGGCGAAAUAUCCAUUAUCUCUUCUCAUUAUGCUUUGGAUAAUAUUUGCUUGCACGAACAUUUCAGUUGCUCUCAAGCCAACAUCUUCUGUGUUAUUUUACUUUUAGCCUAAAAUUUUUAUGUAUAAGUAAUAAUGUUUCGUAACAAUAGUAUCCAACGUAUUGAUACGAAAAUUUAAAGGAGUAAAGCACGUGCAUGCUCAUUGUAUUGGACUACUUAAUGGACUACUUAAUGUUCGAUUAAGUUCGGAUGAACAUUGGAUGAGGUAUUAGCAAAAGUAAACUUUAGAAUUAUUAAUAACAAGUGUGUUGUUAGCGGUAACUGUUAUAUGCCGUACGUCGAAUUCUGAAUUAUGUAUAUUAUUGAUUACUAUCAUGUAAUUCGAAAAAUAUUCAAAACGUUUCAUGCAUUCAAUAUAUAAAGGUUUAAUUUAAGCUUCUUUUCAGGUUCAGGUCUUUAAGCGAGUUUGACUAAUUUGCGUGAAUACUAUAAAUUUUAGUUUGCAAAGAGGGAAAGUUUAGCCUUGGUUUUUGCUCAUUUGCUAUAUCACUUGUUUCUUAAAAUUGAUUGGCUGUUUGAAUACGAUGAUUCAAUAUGAUUGGUUGGCUGUCCACUCUUGUGAACCAAUCAGAUUGCAGGAAACACCAUUGAUUUCAAAAUGAAUAUAAUAGUGGACUGAAAUCAAACUUGUGAAUACAAACUCCCGCUUCGCGGUCGUGCGAUUUUGUGAUCACGCAUUUUAUUUCAUUCCAAAAUGCACCCCACUCACUUAAAAUACCAUUAUGAAUCGAGGUACUGAAACAAGAAAACAACUUCGCUGUCUUUGGUAAUGCUUCUACAUAUAAAGAUGUCAAAAAUAUUACAAAGAAAGUAUUGAUAAGUGGGUAGUAAACCCUUCACUGCAGGAAAACGAAACAUGUUGCAACGAAUGGGCGAGAAAACGUUAAAACUCCAGAAAUAACCAUAAGCAAAGAAUGUUAUUGCAAGUUAAUUGUUCAACGUUUAUAGUGGAAAUCACAAGCUACACAAAGAUACUACAACAAACGUUUACAAAUGCCUAGCAGCAGCCGACGUAUAGAGAUAAGAAAUUUCAGGACAAUCCGGUUUUCUACUGUUAAAAUUAAGGUUUCCGACGGAUAGCUAUUCACCCUACUAUCCAUGCUUUGUAUACAACGCAUUUUUAUCCAGAGGAUAACUAUCCAUUGGAUAGGAAAUUUAUUCAUUGCGUUGGACUUUAACUAGCCCCUGAUACUUUUGGUGCCUUUUACUAUUAAAUAUGCCAACAAUUGCAGAGAUUCGUAGUGGCUUUAAUGUAUCAGAAAUUCUGGUAAUUUCGGAGCCUUUUACAAUUUAAAUAUGCCAAAAAUUGCUGAGAACGAUUGCAUGUACAAAGUAUCAGAAAUUCUGAUACUUUCUAUAAGCCUUUUAUAGCAGUAAAUAUCGCAAGUAUAUAAGAAAUUCAGAUACUUUCGAAGCGUUUUACCGUUUUGAUAUGUCAAAAAUGAGAAAUUGAAUGUCGAAGGUAUCAGAAAUUCUGAUACUUUCUAAGCCUUCUACGCAGGAAAUAUCGAAAACACAUAUAUAAGAAAGUCUGAUACUUUCGAAGCGUUUUACCGUUUUGAUAUGUCAAAAAUUAGAAAUUGAAUGUCGAAGGUAUCAGACAUUCUGAAACAUUCGGGUCCUUUUACAUUUUCAAUAUAUAUCAAAAAUUGCAGAAAUUUGAUAUCACAGGUCACACAUUUUACCUACGGUAGACUGAAGUGUUUGAAGCAUAUACUCUAAAUUUUAGAAAGUCGCAUUGAAGCGUAACUAGAUUAUAAUCAUCCUCGUCCCUAGGCCCAAGCUUGCACACCUCUCGCAGUGGCCCUGGUUCAAGCUGUUGAUCGCAAUUCCGGCUAAACAGAUAGUUAUUACAGGAGGAGUUAUAUUUUAAGCCAAAUUUGCGAACGAAUACACCCAAUUACUUACCUCCCCCCCCCCAACGUUUUCAUUCGACUAACUUCGAAAAUCUCUUCCCUCAAAACGUAAAUAUUCAUAAGAUAGAUAACACAUUUUGUAACUUCUGUGCUUAUGAUUGCGAAUUGAGGCGAGAGUUAAAUUGGAUUUAGUUGGAUUUUAUUUUAUUUUAAAGAGAACGAUGGUUAUGUAAUAUGAUUCACAUUAUUAUAGCAAACGACCUACCUGGCAUGUAGACAUUGAACAAUGCAGACACAUGUCUCACACCUUAUGGACUUUUCGAACGGUUUUGUCUAACAAAGGUUGUGCAUUUCCGUUCAUUUGAAAUUUCGACAUAACUUUAUACGCCUUGCUUCACAACCAUUACAACUGUUAGCAAUAUAUAAUCAGUUACUUUCAGUUACUCUCUCGUAGUUUUAUGUUUUCGCGGAAGACAGUUUUUUAUUUGAAUCUCUCAGGUUAGUUGAAAGGAGAUAUCGUUAAGAGUUACGAAUUUGUUUGUGGUUGCCGGAUUAUACGUUGAAUUGAAGGCCAAUCAACUCUUCAAACUCUUUACUCUCCGACUCAACGUUCCCUGUUAAUAACUCUUCUUUUGUCAUACCCAACUAACUUUACAGAUCUUACACUAGCAGAGAAAGGGACAACUAAUAAAAAAGAGACUACAAUACGACCGAAUGUGUAAAGUAACCUGUGUUUGUUUACCCUAAUACUCACCCAGUAAAAACACACAGUGAACAUCGACACAUAAGCAAUUCAAUUUUAAAAUAUGCGAAGUAAUCUAUUGAUAUUUACUUGUAUCUGGUUUGCUUUCUGCUUGCUGGUUGACCAUACUCAUGCUUGCACCAUUUCAUGUCAUUUUUGUAGCCUUGCAAUUCUCAAGAAUUUGCUUUAGUUCAUCUCUUGUAACUGUCCAAAAUACUCUAGCAGUCGUGAUUUUGUAUUGCACUCGCUGGUCAUAUUAAGCAAAUUUUCGCCCAGUAGCGCGAGCUCGUAUUUUCUAGCGGACUUGCUGUGAGGACAGCGCUGGUCAUUUUGUGUAAGAUGUCCACUGACAAUACGAACCCACACAAGUCGAAGAAAUUUCGCUUUAUUUGACUAACGUGACAAACGACGCAAAAGAAUGGUGGUCAUGUUGCUGGGCAUUCAUGUGGGCUCAGUGCCUUUAAACUUAAUAUCAAAAUUUUAUCAGUAAAGCAAAAACUAUGCCAACCAUACCUUGAAUAAUUUAGCAUUCCUUUAUUAAUAUUCCACGCCCAUCACGAUGUACAUAAGAAGGCGUGGGAACCGGGGGGCAAGGGGCAGGGCCCCCGAGUUUGGAAAAGCGCCCUUUUUCCGGUGGGAAAGUGCCCUUCUGACAGCGUGAAAAAUGACGUUCUGAUUGCAUUUUCGUCUCAACGGCCCUUGAUUUUUAAGUGCAUUUAAUUUUGUAAUUUGGUAUGUCCGGAAAAUGUUGUUAUUUCCGGAAAAAAUUAUGAUAUGUCCGCGAGAAUUUUUGUAUGUUUGCGAAGAGACUGGUAUGUCCGCAAAAUUUUUGGUGUGUCCGACCUCCCCACCCCCGUCGUCAACAUUUCCGGGAAAUUUUUUUAGGUCCCCUCUUCUUUCGAAGUGUGCCUAGAAACCGGGGACCCCCAACUUUUUUAUGCUUCCUACGCCCCUGGUACAUUAUACGCACGUUCGGUUUGGUUUUGCCAGCUCAAGUGGGAUACAACAGACAAUUUGAUUGGCUAAUCCGCGUGCAUUGUGUUGCAACAUAGACAAUCCAAAAAGCAGGGACUGGAAACGCCUAAUGUUUGCGCGUGCCUUCCGUGAUGCGCUAGCGUGACGCUUGCGCCAUGUGAUGUGACUUGAACGUUGCUUCCAAAAUCGAAAACGGAUAUAUAUUGACGAUUAAUAUUGAUGUAUUGUCUGCUGUUUAUAUAUUGGAAGAUUGUUUAAAUAAUCUAAACCGAAAAGAGAGUUAUGUAUCAGUCAUAUCAAAUUGUGUGUAAAGUUUAUAAAACGGAUCUGCUUAACCAGAGACGGGUGCAAAGAAUUUUCGCGCUUGUUCGAAAAUUUUGAUUUCCAAUUUGGGGUGGACUUUUUGGCACAAUUCAGGUUUAUUUCGUAUUUUAGUUUUCUUUAAUUAAAUUUACGUAUAUUUAUUCAGUUAUGCUUGACUGUAUUUACGUUAUAAAUUGUUGAAGUUACCUUUUCGAUAGUUUUUCAGUCUUUUUUGUUCAAAAGUACAGUAAUACUCUGAACUUUCAACAAUGGCGACAAGAAUGCCAAUGGCGACUUUUUUGCAGUCAAAAAUAUUACGGAAGCUUCAAGGGACGUUUUUGGCUUUGUUUUACUCAAUAUAAUUUGAAAACCGGGUAAGUCCAUCCACAAAUCUAUUUUUGUUCAAAAUAUGUAAAUUACAAAUCCUGAUCUUUAUUUAAACUAUAGUUACAGGGUUUGAAGAGAGUGUAAACUCUGACAACAACAAUGGCGAGUUUUUUACAGUCAAAAACAUUACGCAAGCACUCAAAGAACUUUUUGGCUUUCUUUGACUCAAUAUAAGUUUAAAAACCAAAUAAGUGCAUCCACAGAUCUAUUUUUGUUCAAAAUAUGUAAAUUACAAACCCUGAACUUUAUUUAAACUAUAGUUACAGGGUUCUAAGUGGGAACAAAUAGCCAUCUUCUAGUUGGCGCAAAAGUAGCAGCGUGAAAAAGGCUUGUUUUUACCAAAUUGGGGAAUCGCAGAGCUUUUCUGAUCCACUAAAUGCCCUUGUUGUGCAUUUAAGAUGAUAACUGUAUGAUGUUGUCGGCAAGUGAUAGCUUUGUCUUCAAGUUCCAGGUUUCGAAAGAUAUGUACUCUCGUAUUUUUACAGUGAUAUAAAAAAAUCAAAAUUUGAAAAAUACAAAAAAGAAAAAAGAGGAAAAAAAUAAAAAAUAAAAAACAAGAUUUACAUUUUUUGGUUCAGAUUAAGGCGGGUUGCCAGGGCAACGGAUAAUUGUUUCGUGAUUUAAGCGCAUCACGGAUGUCCCGCCAGCAUCACUGCUUUUGCCACAGCGUUUCCAGUCCCUGUCUUCUGGAUUGUCUAUGGUUGUAAUAAAGCAUAGUGGUCCGUGGCACUACCUAAACUAUAGGAUCUAUAGAUUUUUUUAAACCCAAAAUUUAUCUGCAAACAAGAAGGAAUAUAGCAAAGGAACAAAGCAAUUUUUUUUAUAGUUUUAGGCUACUUGUAAAAACGGUGAAAUUAACUGACUUGGCAUUCGUCAAGUGUGUUUUUGCCUCGACAAGUUUUGGCAAAAGCGUGCAAAAUAGCCGUGAAAAAGUACCAAAAGCAAUACCAAAACAUAGAAAAUGGCAACAAAAACUGAACAGAAGUGAUUUAGAAAGUACCUUCAAUGGUUCUAAUAGAAUCUGCUAGAUAAAUUUUCGGCAAAUGCCAAAAAAAUACAAUAAUUCUAAAAUUAAAACUAUGCAACACGACCAAAUCUACGAUUUAACGUCUUUUACGGCAAAUCCGGCAACCCAGAUGCUGAAAAACUUUAGCAAAUUAGUCUGUGCAUCACUGGGAUAUUUCUCCCCAGCAUUUUAAGCAGUUUCUUUGCAACUGUUGUUCCUUCGCUUGCUUAUUGUCGAUGCAAUAGAAGUGUUGAUAAAAUAUUGCACCAAUUCCUUUCCUCAAGUUGAUCAAUUCAUUUGAUAGAAAAUUGAGCAACUUCCUGUUUACUGGCAUGCUUGUUCCCAAUUGGUCAAUCAGUCACUGAAACGUAAAGCCAUUGGUUGAUUCAAACACACAGGAAGUUGAUAAAUUUUUCAACGAAUGUAUUGAUCAGUUCUAAGUGGUGAAUUGAUGCGAUAUUUUAUCAACACUUCCAUUGCAACGACAGUAAAAAUUCAAGCGACAGUAAGAGCGCGUGACGUCACUGAGUACAUGUUAGGAGAAUUUAAAUGUCGAUCUUUUUGUGCUUUACACGCUUCUCUCGUAUUCUCCCAACAUUCCCCGCGUGCAUUAUCACACCAUAAACGCAUGCGACUCGUUUUCUUUUUCUUAAGUCCUGUUAUCCUUCAUUUUGGUCUAGAUGGAACGAGUGCUUAUCUAUGUCGUACCCGUUUCGUGAAGUUUUUAUCCAGGCAAUAUAUUGACCGGGGAUAUAGUUAAUUUAAUCUAUUUAUAAACUUUACAAUCAACAAAACGAUUGAAGGUACAGACAGCAGGACUGAGGAGUCCAACAUUAAAUCCUACCUACACAUUAUAAUGACAUUGUAAAACAAUAGAGACAGGGUUAUAAACUUUUACAAAACUACAACACAAAAAUUACAACACAAUCAAUGCGUUCCAAGCCAUCCUUUCACUUUCCAACGUUAAUAUGAGCUAGACAUGGACCGCCCAUAUAUUGCAAACCUUUCUAAGUCAAAGUUUCUAGUUAUAUACCUCUAUAACAUAUAUGUUAAUUUUUGGACUGGAAAUUAUAAAUAACCAUUUUUAUAAUUUAACCUUAUUAUAAAUACAACUUUGUGAUUUUUUUUUAGUUGGAGCAGUGUUUGACCCAUUCGGAAAUCAGGCGACAAUUCCAAAGGGAGGAACUGUCACAUUUGUACUUGUUAUAGUAAUUGGUGAAACAUUCGUGCCCGAGCUGAAGAACAAGAGUAGUCCGGCUUUCAAAAAUAUGACAUGGAGAUUUCUGAAAUUCUUGAUCCCAAUAUACCAAAAUAGAACUCGUUUUCUUGUAAUUAUCUUUAUUUCAUUUUGCCCGGGAAGUGUUGUUGCAAAUAUUGAAAUAUUAUAUAAUUCCACCCAACCAAUUCCGACUGUUGAGGAAGUUAAAUCACCAAUCGCGGAAGCAAUAGGAUCGGCGCCGUUCACUAUUGAAAGUUUACAGGUCACGAAAAAGGACGAGUCACAAGAUGGAUUCGAAACUUGGAAGAUUGGUGUCAUUGCGUGUCUUGGCUUAGUACUUCUUCUUAUUAUUUGUCUUUCAGUUGCGGUGAGUAUUUCUUUUACUCUGGGAAAGAUAAAUUGAAAAAGCGGGAAUAAAAUGAACUGUUUGUAAGAUUGUUUGAUGCCAUCAGUCAUAUCAGGGCUUUUUUAAGGAUUUUCCCGUGGGGGCGGGGGCCUUAUUUGAAAAGGGACCUUUCUGUGAGAUAAUAUAUUAGAUGGGAAUGAAGGCCACGUGUGUGGCAAAUAUACCACGCAUAAAUCGGGGGUCUGGGGUGUACUCCCCCAGAAAAAAAUUGAAAUUUGACUCCCGGAAAUGUAAUUUCCUGCAUUCUGGGCAUCCAAAUUUGCUCUAAAAUUUAUGCUAACUAUAGUUGUAUUUGAAAUAAAAGAUGGAAAAAUGCACAAAAAUUAAAAAAGAAUAUUAACUGUAAUUUAUCAUUACUUAUUAGAGGGAUAAUCCCAAGAAAAUUUUUGAAAUUUAGAAACGUGAAAUGCUAUUUCCUGCAUUCUGAGCAUCCAAAAAAUAAAAAAAUAUUAACAAUAAUUUAUCAUUACUUAGUGGUAAAAAAGUAACAAUUUAAAUCGAUUUUGUUAAAAAAGGCCCUGAGUCAUAUGUCAGCAGUUACAAGUGAAGAAAGGCAACAGAACCAACGAAUAAAUUCUGUUUAGGAAAGAUGAACAAACACGGUUCCAUUUUCGUUUCAGUUUGCGCAAAUCAAUCACAAACAGGAGCAUUUUAGGUUAAUAUUUCCUCUAUUGAAAGACCUUCGAAGUCACUAGGUGCAAAAAUAUAUUCGAUAAAAUCUCCAUACCAUUUUCGUAUCCCUCUAGUUUUGGUAUUUCGAACACAAAUGCAAAUUUAUUAUGUAGAUACUUGAGUUUCCGAAAAGAUUUACUUAAGCAAAAACUUGUUUCGCAAUGGACACUAGCCCAUCAGAAAAAAGCAAACGUCAAAACAGUCCAAUCAAAUGAGACAGCGAUGAGUUACGAAUAAAUUCAAUCGCACGGCAGGAGUUCUCCCUCCCUUUAAUUUGAUUUUGUUUAUUUCACCCACAAGUGAACAUAAACUCUAUAUUUUCUUCCUUUAAACCAAUUUUUAUUAUUGUUUCAAUUAAUUGCAUGCUUUGCAUAUAGGAAUUUAAGGUGUUUCAAGAACUAUGAAUUUAUAUGGCUCAGUAUAAAUAUAAGAUAUGAUCAACAUAACAAAAAUGGUGAAGGUUAAACCGCCUGUACUAUAUAAAACAAUUGUGUCAAUGGAAAAAGUUCAGAAUCUAUAUAAAAUAAACAAAAUGUGUUAAUGGGAAGUGCUUUUGAGUUGUAUUUCUCUGCUCAUUGCAUUCACUAGUUCGCUUUGUAAAAACAAAAAUUACCAUACCCCGCACUUCCCAUGUAGAAUGUUCUAUAUAUGCCACCAAGUUCAUCCUAUCUCUGCCAUGCCAAACAGAUAUCUCGUAUAAAGAAAGAUUGCAGAUCCUUGGCAUCAUCCCUCUAUGUUACUGGCAUGAAUAUUUAGACAUAAGUUAUAUCUUUAAAAGUCUCAUAAAUGACUCUGAGAGUAAUAUCUCGGUCAAAGUUUCAACACGAGAAACAAGAAGAGCAAGUAAUGGAACUUUCCUAAAUGUGAGAAAGUGCAGAACUGUCAACUACCAGAACAGUUUUUAUAUAAGAGCCGCAAGCGUGUGGAACACUCUUCCUAGUUAUAUUAGAGACACAACUAAGUCUAUAGGAUCAUUCAAAACAUUACUACGCAAGCACUAUAAAGAUCUAACGGACAGUGUUUUCAACCCCGAUGACCCGAGAACUCUUAAGUCAGUUUGUGUGAGAAAUGUCACACAAGUCGUCCUUUAUGGAACUUAUUAUCUAGACCAUGUUGUUAGGUCAAUCGAACCUUUUAUAGUGAUCCCUUAUUGCGUGUGCCAAAUGCAAUUACCAUAAUGCUAUAAUGAAUAUUACUUUAUCUUGUGGUUCAACUCCAUGUUCGAGACUACGAGUAUAGCAUUUUGGCGGUUGUGCAUGGACGGUAUGCGUGAUAGGGAAAGCAGUCAUUAAAUUUUAAUAUAUCUUGGUCGAUACAUAAACAAUCUUAACAGCUUCAAAUUACUCUAGUACUUCAUUCAAGAGUUCAGAUUUUCAAAUAGGAUCUCAUGUCGUUGUCUUAUCGUUAUUUGUUUCAAUUUGUGGCCUGUUAAUUUGUUUAUCUGUUUAUUAGGAUGUCUAAUAUCUGGCACGCCAUAGUGUAAAUUAUUGUUAUGUUUAUGUCUGUUGUGGAACCCCGUUAUUGGAGAUUUUAUCUCUGUGUGGUCAUUCCAGCCAUUGUGUGUAAUUUAUAGUUAGUUUAUAUCUUUAAUAAUGGCAAAUUUGUAAAAUUAAAUUAAAAUAAAAUUAAAAUUAAAUUAAAUUAAAUGUCUAUAUCUACAUGCACCUUCGUAUUCUGAAUCUUUCACCGGAGAAGGAUGCGUUUUCGUUUUUCGCAGGUAGGCUAGUAUGUAUUUAUUGUGAAAGGAUCUUCUAAGCAAAAAAUGCUUUUUUCAUUACAGGUUAUUGUUAAUGGACGCAAAGCAGAGCGUGCACGGUAUAAUUCGAAAAAUCGUAGAAAUAGCUUUGACUUGGAUUUUGAUCUCUUUUCAUCUGAUGUUGAUAAAUCUAAUGGCAUUCCAGUAAGUAAGAAUUACAUGUCUUGUUUUAAUUUAAAACAGUAACCCUUGAUGGCUCAUAGGCAUCUGAUUUUUGGAUCGGCCGUUUUCUUACAUAUAUCACACUAAUUACUAACUAAUUACAUAAAUGGUGUGCACAAACAAUACAGUAUAACAAAACAUACAAGUCUUAUAAAAAUAACAAAAAUAUUAAUAUUAAUAUUUGCAUGCAGUAAAUAACAUUAAAUUUAUUAAUCAUAUUUACAAAGAUAAUGUUGAAUCAGAGGAGAGAUGAGGGUCUUCCCGAAAUGCAACGCGCGCCUCAAUGCGGCUCAUUAUUAUUGAAGACGUAAUAUUUCAAAUCCGAGUUAGUGUUUUAGACGUGGUUUCUAAAUACAAGUGCCAUGAACAAUGGUGAGGCGCAGCCGAGCCAUUGUUCAUGGCACUGGGGAUUUGGAAGCCAAGUUUAAAACACUAACGAGGAUUUGAAAUUGCUUCUCACACAUCAUUAGACUUUCAUAGCAAUGAGGCAUGAAAUUAUUAGAUAUUAAAAAAAGUGAGCGUGGGCAUUAACGAUUACAUUCGCUUGAAAGUUUGCAUGAAGUGCAACGAAGCAUUCAGUUCGCUUUCGUCGUGAAUAGAUUAAUUUUGUUGGCAAAAGAGCAUGGUAUCUUCUUAUAAUAUAAGAGAAAGCGGUUUCGAGAACCAGAAAGUGUUGAGUACAGUAUUGUGCAUAGUAUUGUCGCUCGGCUGACAAGGUUGGGGAUCCAAAAAACGAUAUAUCAGAUUGUGUGUGCGAUAAGGCGCUAUCUGGUGGAAAAUGAAAGAGCCGAAGUGAAUAUAUAUUUUAUAGACGGUAAACAUUACUGUUAAGUUGCUGUAUUAUAGUGUUUAAAGCGCUGUUUAUUAUGAUAGUUGGAAAAAAAGUUGUUUUUUCUAUAUUUAUGUAGUUUUCAAACGUUCAGGAAAAGUGUUAGCUAUAAAGUGUAGUUAGAAUAAAUUUCUAAAUACAACUUACUGUAGCAAUUAAAUAUAUUUGCAUAAUCUUUUGUUUACGCCUCAAUUUCCCUAUUGUUCAAAGCCCUUCCCACUUGAAGUAAUUAAAGUCCUGGUCUAGACGGGGUAUCCAGAUAGAUACACGUGAUGUAAAUUAAACCAUGUCAUUGGCCGAAAUGCUAUGAAUAUCUAAUGAUGUAUGAGAAUUUUAUUUUCAACGCGCCAUUCGAUUAAAAACUGUUGAAAUAAUUGCGAUUUUUGCUGUGAAGAUGUCAUUUUCUGCAAAGUAUAUUUUGAUUGCCUUUUUUACAAUUUAAUCAAGAUAUAUUAGAAUUUUACUUAUAAUUCCUUUGAAUUUAUGCAUGUUUCGUGUCAGAGAACACGACCGUAAAAGUGGCAUUGAAAUAUUCAUCAGUACAUUAUACUUUUUCAACAUGAAACUAAGGUAAAAUCACAUCAGUGAAUUUAGGAAUGUUUCUUCUUUAUACUGAAACUUUAAAAUAUUAAUUUACUCCAUGUAACCAAAGAUCUAUCGCGAUUUGAAAAUGAGCCAUUUUUGCUAUUAUUGGAUCUAUCUUGAUCGCGUUGCAUUUCGGGAAGAUCCUCAUUCCUCCUCUGAUGUUGAGUUAUGCAGGUCCUUCAAUAAUGCAUUUAAAUUUGUUAAGGCGUGUGACUUUUUCUUUGCCUAUGCUCUUUUCCAUAAAGUUGGUUUCUAGCUUUCCAGAUACACAUAAUUGCUGCUAUUACUUCGCAAGACAUACCUAUCAUUACUUUUAAUUUCCAACAAGUUUGUUAAACGAAAAUGGCAAUUCUUUAUUUCUCACCGUUAAGCCGGUUACAUACGAGCAAGUUUUCUAUGACAAGUUUUUAUGUGACAAGUUUUAUUUUCUCGUCUGUACGCGCAACUUUGACAAGUUUUUCUAUGAAAAGUGCACUUGUUGAAAAGCUAUAUAGCAUGGUAGCUUUUGAACAAGUGCACUUGUCAUAGAAAAACUUGUCAAAGUACAAAUUUUGUUCGUGUGUAUGGGUCAACAAAGAAAACUUGUCAAAGUAAUCUGAGCAUUUGAUGUGAUUGGCCAGCGGACUAUUAUAAUUUUCUGUCAUGGUAAAUCAUGGUUGCGAUAAACACCUUUUUCUGACACGUUCACAACAGUAAUUAAAACUUGUCAUAUCAAAACUUGUCACAUAAAAACUUGUCAUAGAAAACUUGCUCGUCUGUAACCGGCUUUAGAUAAGUACGGAUUUAUAUCCGUGCUGCAAAGCAAACAUUCGUGGCCAGAGAUCACGGCCAAGAUUUAUUAUACUUCUUUAGUAAUUUGAAUAUUACAUUGCAAUAUGGCGUCAAUAGUCGAUAGUGAAUUUACUGAAUUAGCCUAUAAAAUUAUAGGGUAAUGCGACGUUUUCAAUCGCAAAAUCUUACAAUAAAGUACGUCGUUUGCAACCGCCUUAAUCGCUGCAUGUUUCAAAGCAAAAUCUGACUGUCAAAGUAUUCAUAAUAUCGUAUUUUAGUAAUACUGGUUCUUUCUUGUUUUCUAGAAUUACCCGGAGUCAUUUGAAAUGGACGAGAGAGGCGACAUUUAUCUGUAA